AUGAUGAUGAGCGUGCAGGGACAGUUUGUGAGUUGCCCCUAUUUUACCGAAGUUUAUGUGAACUCCACCACAAAAGUUUUGAAUGAUACACUCUUCCCACCCAUGGUGAGAGGCUUGGUGAAUUCCAUCAAUAAUUACAACGAAAAGGCCAAUCAAACCGUCCGAAUUGAUGCCGAAUGUGCUGUUGUUCCACUCUCUUCAAACCCUGAAGAUGAAAACACACCAAAGAUCAACAUUUUCGUCAAGAGGGUGCGUUUCAAUCCUCAACAAGAUGCCAAGAAGGCUGUCUGGAUUUUGAGCGGUCUCUCCGAUCCAUCCAUCGUUGAAGUAACAAUGCAACUCGUUUCCAAGUUGUUAGGUCAAGACUUUGAUUUAUACACACUCGACAUCAGAGGAAAUGGAAGAAGUUCUCGUAUUGGAUGUGCCUCUGCUCAAGCCGAGAGUCCAGGAAGUAAAGAUGGAAUUUUCAUUUCUGACUCGGAAUGGAAGGCAUGUUAUCAAGCCUUUGACAGCGAAUAUGGUGCCAACAAGGAACUGUACUCUACAAAGGCUGCUGCCAUUGAUGUUGCCAAGUUGAUUCAACAAUUCAACAGCAAGCAAGAGACCUUUGUUUAUGGUAUUGGCUUUGGUACUCUUUUGGUGUCUCGUUUGAUGCGUUACAUUGAAUUGAAGAACUUGAAUAUUGUUAAGGGAGUUGUUUUGGACGGCGUAAUUAGCACUGCUGGAUCAUUGAAUUAUGGAGGUCUUUUAACUGUGACUGAUUCUGACAGCAUCAUGAACAAUGUUGGUUUGGAAUUUAUGAAUACUUUCAACGGCACUCAAAUGUGGUCGAACAAGUAUGGCAAAACUGAUGCUGUCUCCUUCUUGAAGAAUACCAUUCAAAGCGUCUAUUUGAACGGUACUUGUAAGGCAAUUUCAAAUGUUCUUCCACUUGCAGAAUUCAAAGCCAUGUUGGGUCAUUUGUUGCAAGGUGCUGAGACUAGAGUUUUUGUUCCUGCCAUUCUCUAUCGUAUGAAUAGAUGUGAUGAGGAUUUAGAUGUUGCCACCAUUCUCCAUGUGCAUAGUGUUAUUGCUGCCAGAAUGAAGCAAUACACUCAAUUGUCAUCACUUCCAAUGACCUCUCCUGUUGCCUUUUUGAACAUUAUUUUUUCAGAACUUUUUGAUCCAUCAGUUUCAGAGCUCGACCUCCAACUUCAAUACAAUGAAACUCAAAUUGCAACCCCAGAAGCCAUUCGAUUCGCGUCCUUGUAUCAAACUACUGGAUGGAAGCCAUACUCACUCGAUACUCAAUACUACAAUCAAACCUUCACCACUACAGUUCCUGUUCUUUUGAUUAACGGUGCAUUGGAUGCUGAAACUCCAUUAUGGUCUGCACAAAACCAAAACAAUGGUAUUAAGGGACCUCACAACUUGGUCACUAUUCCAUUCACUGGUCACUUUACUGCUUUCGAUUCUACAUUUGUGAAUGGAACCAUUCCAUGUGGUUUACAAAUCAUGCUCAACUUUGUGAACAUGGCCACUCCUGAUUCAGCAACUGUUGACACAAGCUGCGUCAAGAACGUUUAUCUUAACUUCUCUGGUAAUCCAAUUGUAAACGAAAUGAUCAUGGGAGUUAAUGACAUUUAUGAAGAUGCAUAUGAAGCUCCAGAAAUUGAAAAGGUUGUCAAUUUGUACUUGUUCAUUGGUGUUGAGGCUGGUACUGUUGUUCUCUCCAUCAUUAUUAUUUGUUGUCUCAUUUAUUAUAUUGUUCAAUUGAAAGGAAAGGAACAAGAAAAGUAUGAAGAUUUAGAUCAAUAA